UGUCUCUUUCCUAUUGGUUCAACUUAUUUUGUUUUAAAUUUUAUUAACAAAACUAAAAUAAAUUAAUAUUAUGUAUGGUAGAUACUCUUUGGAAGAGACGCUACCGAUGCGAAAGCUCUAAACCCCUCUUUUCUAAGCUUCGAUUCUAGUCCUAUUCAUCUAACUUUUAUGUUUUUAUUUAUUUUUAUUACAUUUUUUUAGGAAACUCAUUUACAUUCUCUCGUUGGAGCUGCUCCAAGAAAGCGGUCUUACCACAACUGAUAUAUUUGUAUUAUAACAUUUAGUUUUAGUAGUUAAUCUAUCCAUUACAAAAUUUAAAGGUUCAAACCAUGAGAAUAUUCGUGGGUUUUGUAAUGAAUCCUUCUACUUUUGUAAAUGCAUGACACUACACAUAUGAGUCAUGACACAUAUCAAUAAUUGGUCAUACGGAAAUCCCCUAGCAUCAAAAGUUAUUUCGGUUGAAAACUAUCGUACUCAAUAACUCUAAAAUAAAGAUUUUGGUGGUUGGUCCUGAUAUUAUCUUGUCAACAUGUCUCCUUUUUUUUACAUCCUCUUGAAAGUGAUUUCAUGCCAAUGAAAACAAGUUGAUUGUCAAGUUAUAAAAAUAUUAACAUUUUAACAUAACAAAACUAAAGAGUAAGCAUUUUAAAACCUAACCAAGUUGUUUGAGAUAGUUUUCAUGGCAUUAAAUAAAGGAGACAAGGGGUGAUAAAAAAGAAAAUAAAGGAGACAAGGUGAAAAAAAAAACAGGCACCAAAGCCCUUAAACGAGCUAGGUGAUGGAUGACGUCAUCCCAACUCAUCACCGUGAUAUCAGCAGAGCUCUGGUGAGCCAAUGGGAGUGUAAAUAACCCGUCUCUUUACCAUUAUACCCUUGAAUCCCUAAAUAAUUCAUAAGCAAGUUUUAUCAUAUUCCUAUUAUACCCUCCACACCAUUUAUAUAUCUCUCUUUCUCUAUCGCCUCUCUUUCUUAAGCAUCUUCCUCUGAUUAUUUUUUCAUCUUCAAAGUUCAAAUCAUCAUACCAAAAAACCCUAAAAGAAAUCACAUAUACAUUAUAUUCUUGUACCAAAAAUAUGGACUCAGAUAGUAACAAUACCAAAUCCGUUAAGAGAAACGUUGUGGACCAACUUGUUGAAGGCUACGAAUCCGCUACUCAGCUUCAGCUUCUCCUCUCUCGUCAACAAUCUAGUCACCACAUCGAUCAGACUCGUAUUGUCUCUGGAGAUCCGGAUCCAGUAAAUAAGCUCAUGGGUAAGAUCUUGGAUUCUUUCCACAAAACCAUAUCGGUUCUUGAUUCUUUUGACCAAGUCGCCAACGUCUCCGUCGUCCUUGAGGGUUCACGGAAUACUUCAUGCGGCGAUGAUUCAACUCCGGUGAGUUGCAACGGUGGAGAUUCGGGCGAUAGUAGAAAGAGACUUGGAGUUGGUAAAAGUAAAAGAGGAUGCUACACUAGAAAAAAGAGAUCACAUACUUGGACUGUGGAAGCUAGAAGAAUUGAUGAAGAUAUAUAUGCUUGGAGGAAAUAUGGACAAAAGCAGAUUCUUAACUCCAAGUUCCCAAGAAGUUACUUUAGAUGCACACACAAGCCAACACAAGGAUGCAAUGCAACAAAGCAAGUUCAGAAACAUGAGCAAGACCCUUCUUUGUUUCAAAUCACUUACAUUGGCCACCAUACAUGUAACGUUAGUGACGAAACACAAGCAAAGACCGAGCCUCUUGAUCUCGAAAUAGUAUUGGAUUCGGACAAUAAUAAAUUGGCAGCAACCAUUUCUCAGGACCAUGUGGAUCCAUAUAUACAAGAGCAAGGGAACGACAUCAGUAGCCUGAUCGGAGUAGGCGCAAGCAUGGUGAAGGAGGAGGAUUAUAACAAUGGUGAUCAGAAUAAUGACUAUUGUGAGGGUUCUUCCACAUAUAGUGAUUUGUCAUUGGUUUGGCCAGACGUGAUGAUGUCUGAUGAUCGUCAACAUCAUCAGAAUCACUUCUAUCACGGUGAAGCUAGUACUACCACUUCUUAUCAAUUCUCUUUCAUUGACAACGAUCAAUUCUCCUCCUUAUUUGAUUCCUACUGCUCUUACGAAGGAACAAGUGCUAUAUGAACAUCCGAAUCCUGAUUAAUAUAUUGUAGUUAGGUUAUAUAAUAUUUUCUCUUCCUCUCUCUUUGAAUAUGUUUAGUGGAAUGUAAUAUUUUUGAUGUAUGUUUGUUAUAAUUCUGUUUCGACAUUUCUAUUGUUUCAUUUUCUUUGUUAUAGUAAGUCUGAUUCUUGACUAAAU